CCCUUGCUCUCCAUCUUCAUGCAGUCUGCAGAGGUGCAUUGUGGGAAACUCCCAAGUUUCCCCCCUUCCUCUGCCUUCUCCCUCCCUCCUCUCUGCGCAAGAGCCAGCUCCCAAGGUGUGACUGCAGGACACAAGGUGCUGUAUCAUGCUCAGAUAGGACCCCGCCAGUGUGAGAACCAUCCCACGACAACCGCAGCAAGGGGCUGAGCUCGGGUGGUUCCUCUGCCUUCCGCAGCAGCCGGAGCAGCAGCAGAGGGGAGCUGGGAUAGCCCCGUGCACCGCACCCACUCACAGGGAUGGAUGCCAAAGGCAACGUCCGAAGCGGGAACAAACCCGACGCCAAGGCCCCCAGCACCGGGAAGCCGGAAAAGCCCAACCCUGCUCCUGCCGCCACCGCAGACAAGAAGGAUGCCCCCAAAGAGCAGCCUGCUCCUGCCACCAAGAAGGCGGCGGGCGACGCGGCCGUCGCCAACAACCACAGCGGCCUGAAACCCAGCCCCGCGGCCACCGAGACGCAAGAGCCCACGGGCCCGUCCCCUGACUCUGAGCCCAAGGGAAACAGCUCCGAGGAGCCGGCGGGCAGCAUCUUCGACACCGUGAAGCCCUUGCUCAUCGUCGGCGGGGUGGCGGUGGCCGCGCUGGCGGUGGUCGUGGGAGUGGCGUUCCUAGCCCGGAAAAAAUGAUGGAGCCGGGGUGGGGAGGAGGAACCCGGCCCCGUUGUACAGCUCCUUUUGAGACCAAUGCAUGCCCAGAAAGUCUACACAUAUCUCUCUAUAUACAUAUCUAUAUAGCGAGCUAGAUAGGUCAACAGCCGCCACCAACUGCAACGCCGGGUCUUGUUGAAGACACCUGUGCGGUUUGACCCGCUGCGGGGUAACUCCAUGCACUCAGUGUGUUCUUUCAUGUACUAUAUCUUGGCUUCCACCACUGUGUAUAGAUUACAGCUUCUCCUGAUGGGUGUAAAUGACGGUGUCCCCUCCCCUCCCCUGCUGUCCUCCCUGGGAGACACCCUCACCUCUCCUGCAGUCCCCUGUUUUCGAGUCCAAAGUGUUCUACGUCC